AUGUCCAGUCCACUUCCUCCAAUUUCUGCCUUCACCAACAUACACAGAAAACGCACCUCUACACCAGAUAUUAAUCUCCCCUCAUUGUCGAGCUGGUCGAGCAGCUACGACGACUACAAUGACUUUUCCUCAUCACCACCACACUCGUCACCCCCCAGGACACCCUUGACCUCGAGAUACGCCCACAGUUAUACACACAUAGUAUCUGCUUCACGAGUGGAUUCAGACAUCCGUUUUCGUGGUUCAAGCGAGUUUUCAGACGAUUUGGCGGCAUCUUGGGACCGACCAUACCACCCCGUUGUGCAUACAGCGAGCAGCUACCCUACCAACGGCCACAAAACAAUAUCCGAUGGAGAGGAUCACUUUCCCCCCUCCUCGGAGUACGACCCAUCGGAAAACUAUCAGGAGGUAGAUUCCUCUCUCCCCGAUCUGGACUCAGACCACUCCAGCAACAGCGCGGCUUACCAAAGCCCCGUCUUUCCACUGGACAGUGACGAAGAACAGGAGGAUGAGGGCGAAGGGUAUAGCUUUGGUGAUGGGGGUCUGCGGGCAACGUUUUUCAGGACUUCUGCGGAGCGUGGACGCUGGAGGAGUGAUCCCGUACCGUACAAACCGUCUGCGGUUGCUCUGCUUCAGAUCCGCAAAUCUGCCCCAACGAUAUCGCGAGUGCCAACACUUACCUCGAAUAUGGGCUCACGGCCUACGUCGGAACCUUUGCCUUCAACCUCUAGCCACGGCGCUCAGGAUACAUCGGGUGUUGAUGACUUUGAGGCAUCACGCUCAACGUUCACCGUGCCCUUUCCCGAUCAAGGUGUUCGCGAGGCGAGUUCACCGCAUACAUUACCUUCUUUGACGAGCGAUAGGGAGAGCACCUCUGAUCCGGAGGAACAAGACUAUCGCGCCCCAUCUUCACCUCUCCCCUCUUCAUCUCCGCCUCUCUCGCCAAUGUCAUUCUCGGUAUCAGCGAUAUCGAGAUCGGUCUCACCUUUGGUUUUUGCACCUUCCUCUCCGUUGCGUGGUACCUCUUCUCCAGUAGAAGUUCACUCCGCUACCCUGCAUGUGCAAGACAAUACACUUGCGGAAAACGCUGAAUGUGGAGUCGAUCCUUCCGAUGACAUGAUCCAAACGUCUGACAGGCCCUCCACACUUGGGAUGCUGAUGAAUGUGAAUAUGCCUACUAUACCGACUCCGCGCCCAGCCCCAAUUCACUCUGAUUUACCCACUCCCAUACCCACGCUCGCAGAGUUGGAAAUGCCGGUCAGAGCGGCGAUUACUUCUCUGGAAGCAGAGUCAAGCCACGAGGUGUUAAUCAAUGAAGAAGACUGUCACAAGACAAAGUCUGUCCCUUCUUCGCCAUCUGCGCCAUCAACUCCUCUCCUAGUCAUUGCUCCCACUGGAAACCAAUCACCCUUUGUUAUCAAUCACCCCUCAGUGCCCGACGUUCUCGACCUAUUUGCUAAUGACGUCAAUAUUGUACAGGGAAGUUCAAAAGAUGCCAUAUGCCCCAUUUCACCACUGCUCGAGCCACUUACGCCGCUCGCUGAGGAUGAGGACGCCAUGUCUGUCAUCCAAGUGGAUUCGCAAAGGGACAACGGCACAACUAUGGAUGUCGACAAGGAUGGCAAACCGGUGAGGGUGAAAGAUGCUUUGACCCAAGACGACAAUCAUCUGCGCAAGAAGGAGGCGAAGACUACCAGCGUCACAUCAGAAAAACGAAAGAAGGAUUCGACGCACGACAAGAUGGCUGAUGGACAAGUGAAGAAGAGGCAGAAAACAGAGACCGUUGAGGAUGCUUCUUCGUCUACUAGCAAGCAUGCUCUUACAAAAAGUGCGCGAUCGGAAAGCAUCAAGAAGCAAGGCAAGCGUCGGAAGACGCAUGAAGAUCAGGACGACACUGAUCUAACCGAUCUUGAUCCGGCGCCAAAAGCCAAGAAGCAAAAACGAGAGGAUGACAAGGCUGAAGCUCACAAGAAGGACUCCCCUUCUUUCUCCGACCCCUCGUUAUCCACCCCCCAUCCUAACUCCCAGUCGAAACCCAAAUCGAGCUCGACUGUUCAUGCAGAGGCCAGGUCUGCAGCUGACAACCCAGAGACUCGGGAAAUCGUAGGAAUGCUCAUUGAAACUAUGGCUACCUCUCGCGCAUCUUCUCUGGCGGUAUCCUCUCUCUACAAGUCUGUCAUGCAGAGCCGACCCUCACUCAAGACGCAAAGGAGCGAAAAGGAGUGGAUGGGCGUUUUCAAACGUGUGCUGAACAUAUUCAGUGGAGGCGGGAUGGGCGGUGUGUUUGGCAAGGUGGAGAGUAGUGGCAAGGACGAUUCCGGGCGCUCACUUGAAGCCCAGUGGUUCUACGUUCCUGAGAUGGACGAAGACCAAGAAAGAGCGACGUUGAUUCGCAGUAUGAUGCCGCGGCCUGCGAAGCGGUCUGAGACGAAGAAGUAUAAGCAAUACUAUUGGCGGCCGUUGGAUAAGAUCUCGAGGUGGGAUCCGGAGGACGAUCUUUGA